CCACUAUCCAUCCUCAUCUGAAAACAAAACAAAACAUAAGAGAAGAGACUAUUAACAAAUUCCUUGAGAGAAAAAACAAAAACCCUUUUGUAAGAUUUGAUUGGAGAUAUGGGAUUUUUGCACAAGCUGUGGGAUGAAACGGUGGCCGGUCCUGCGCCAGAGAAUGGCCUAGCAAAGUUGAGAAAUCACAUUUCCGGCCAAAAUAUCACAAUAAAUACUAACCAGAAGUUGAUGGUGAAUCCGAGUCGUGUUCCGGAUUCUCCUGUCGGAUCAAGCAUCCCAGGUUCUCCUGUGACUCCUGGAACACCAAGUGAAACACAUGCUACAAGUCUCAAUGCUUGCGAUUGGAUUGUGCUAAACGCAUUGGACCGUUGAAAGAGAUCAUUCUACGAGUGUGAUCAAAACACCUAUUUAUCUUGUAUUUAUAUGAAGUGACCAUAUUGUUAAAAAAAAAUGUAUCCAUGUGUAAAUAGUAGUCUCAUGUCGCUUUUUUGGAAUUAUGUUCGUCUUUUGCGUGUAAAAUAGUAAUGACCAAGAUGGAUUGUUCUUUGGAAACAUGGUUUCUCUAAUAUGAAGUGUCCGCUUAAUCAA